AUGCUGUCUUUAACCGAGUACGAUCCGCAACAUUUCCUGCAAAAAAACCGACACGACACGGCCACAUAUCAUGUGAUGACGUUAUUCGGGAUGAUGUGUUGUCCUCAUUUCGAAGGCAGUUUCAAGGCGGAAAUUCCUGCAAGCGCUGCAAUAACGGCAAGCACCUUGGGAACGGCGAGUGUCGCCCAACAUUGCCGGCUAUCGAUCCGCGGCCGUUGCUGCAAAGCUGCAACGAAACAGGCGGUGUCUCGGCGAGUCAUCGCAGCAGAGGAUCGCACGUUAUGUUGCACGGAUUGCGGCAUAAUGUACGACACAGUCUCACUUAUUAACUUCUGCAUAGCUAUUUAG